GCUAAAGGAAACUUUCCCUUCUCUCUCUGUCUCUCUCUCUCUCUCUGGCUUGUUCUCUUUUUGGUACCACUUACAAUUCAAACAGUUUCCCUCCCUGUCUCUCUUUAUCAAUGGAAGACGAUCAAUGGUAUGACCCACUUCUUACCACAGAUGUUUCCAGGCAAUUACAAGAACACAACACUCUCUAUCACUACCAGUCUGUUACAUCGCCGAGCUCUCCAACGUCAACAAUGGCAGAUCCUGACGGUGUUCAUCCUUUCAAGAAUGAUGAUCAUUCUGUUACAUCACCGAGCUCUCCAACAUUGACAAUGGCAGAUCCUGACGAUGUUAAUCCUCUCAAGAAUGACGGUCGAUCUAUGUUAGGAUUUUCGUUAACAUCUCCCGAUUUGGUUAUAUGUGCCGAAUCACCGGAUAUCCCCAGAAGAAGUUAUGUGGAAUCCCCUGAGUUCUCAAAUCGUGCUUCCAUCGAGUUGUCCUUAGAAAAUGGCAUCAAUGGGUCUGAAAUGGAAAAUGCCCAUGAAACCCCAGCUACUACCAAGUUUUCAACUUCUUGGCCAACCGCGGUAGAAGAUGCUUCUCCGGUAGCUUCUUUCGAGCUUCUUCCACCGCCAAUUGUUGAAGAGAAGCUGUUGAAAGACCCCCUUCCUAUUAUAAGCAUUAAUGCAGGGUCAUUGGACGGCAUUUCAGCUUUGGAUGGGAUUGAUUUUCUAGAGGAUAGUUGCUUCAGUGGUGGUGACACUACAAGGACUGACACAACAAUUGGGGAUGGAAACGGACACAGCAUUUACCAAACAGCACGAUUUGGUAACUUUUCGUACCACUUCAAGGCCUUAAAGUCUGGAAAUUACAGUGUUGAUCUGCACCUGGCCGAGAUUAUGUUCACGGAUGGCCCUCCCGGGAUGAGAGUGUUUGAUGUUUUUAUACAAGAACAGAAGGCUGUUUCUGACAUAGACAUUUAUGCGCGCGUUGGUGCAAAUAAACCUCUGGUUAUAUCUGAUCUGAAAGCUUUUGUUAGUGGUGAUGAGGGAUUAACCAUUAGAUUUGAAGGAGUAACUGGAAGCCCUAUAGUAUGUGGUAUUUCUAUAAGGGGACAUUCUUCUGCAAGUUUUGGGGAAGUUGAAUUGCUUAAAGUUAUGGGAAUGUCUCAAAUGCCAGAAUACCAGUCACCAAAAGAUAUAGGUGAUUAUAAUGUUGAUGGAGAUUCUCAAAAGCUUCGUAUAGAAUAUGAGUGUCAGAAAAAGGAACUGACACAGACAAGGAGGGCUUUGGAAGAGCUUAAGAAGGAGAAUGAACGCAAGAGCAGAGAAUGCCAAGAAGCAUGGAAGUUUUUAAAAGAUCUUCAGAAUGAGCUCAUGCGCAAGUCAAUGCAUGUUGGAUCACUGGCUUUUGCUAUUGAGGGACAAGUGAAAGAGAAGAGCAGAUGGUUCUUAUCUUUGAGAGACCUGACAAGAAAAUUGAAGAUACUGAAAAUGGAGCAUGUCAAGUUAUCUGAGGAGGCAUUGUCAUACAAAAAGUGCAUGUUAGAUAUGAAUGACAUGAGCUCAACCAUUCAGUCCAAAAUAAAUCAACAAGUAGAAUUACAUGAAGAUCUUAAAAUCAAAUACAUUAAAGGGGCCAAGGAACGGAAAGAACUCUACAACAAGAUUUUGGAGUUGAAAGGAAAUAUCAGAGUAUUUUGCCGAUGUAGGCCUUUGAACAAUGAAGAGGUUGAUGCAGGAGCUUCAAUGGCAAUUGAUUUUGAAGGUGCCAAGGAUGGCGAGCUUACAGUAAAAUCUAAUGGCGCACUGAAGAAAACCUUCAAGUUCGAUUCUGUUUUUGCCCCCCAAGCAAACCAAGUUGAUGUUUUCGAGGAUACAGCACCAUUUGCAACCUCAGUUCUAGAUGGGUACAAUGUCUGCAUAUUUGCUUAUGGACAGACAGGUACUGGGAAAACUUUUACCAUGGAGGGCACAGAUGAAGCCCGUGGAGUUAAUUUCAGGACUCUUGAGGAAUUGUUCCGGAUCGUCAAGGAGAGAAAGGGGCAAAUUCGAUACGAAAUAUCUGUUAGUGUUUUAGAAGUUUAUAAUGAGCAGAUACGAGAUUUGUUAGUCCCAGGACAGCAGCCAGGAGUAACUGCAAAAAGGCUUGAAAUAAGGCAAGUAGGUGAAGGAAUACAUCAUGUCCCAGGACUAGUUGAAGCUCAGGUAAAUAACACGAGUGAGGUCUGGGAAGUUCUAAAGACUGGCAGUAACGCCAGGGCAGUUGGUUCAACUAAUGCUAAUGAGCACAGUAGCCGCUCCCACUGCAUUCACUGUGUGAUGGUGAAGGGGGAAAAUUUGCUGAACGGGGAAUGCACUAGAAGCAAGCUGUGGCUGAUUGACUUGGCAGGUAGCGAGCGAGUUGCCAAGACAGAAGUGCAAGGCGAAAGACUAAAGGAGACCCAAAAUAUUAAUAGAUCACUCUCUGCACUUGGUGAUGUCAUAUCUGCUCUUGCAACUAAGAGCCCUCAUAUCCCUUUUAGGAACUCCAAGCUCACUCAUUUGCUUCAGGACUCUCUAGGAGGAGACUCAAAGACACUGAUGUUUGUACAGAUUAGCCCCAAUGAAACUGACCUAAGUGAGACUCUAUGCUCACUCAACUUUGCAAGUAGAGUGAGAGGGAUAGAAUUGGGUCCUGCAAAGAAGCAAUUAGACAACACUGACCUGUUGAAAUACAAACAAAUGGUUGAGAAGACCAAGCUAGACAUGAGGAGUAAAGAUGUGCAAAUUAAGAAGUUGGAGGACACUGUUCAUGGUUUGGACGUGAAGAUGAAGGAAAAAGAGUUGAAAAACAAGAAUAUGCAAGACAAGAUUAAGGAAUUGGAAUCUCAACUUCUGAUAGAGAGAAAGCUAGCACGGCAGCAUGUGGACUCGAAACUAGCAGAACAGCAGCAGCAACAACAACAACAACAAAUGAGACAACGGCAAGAAGAGCAAAAUUCUGCACUUAUGAGGCAGCCACUUACGACUAGACCAAUUGGAGUUCACAAGAAUUAUAAUGAAGGCAAGGAUCAAGUCACUCUCACUCGACCACUUACUGAGAACAACAGCUACAAACUUUCAUUACCCCCUACAGUGGAUGGAUUUGUUAAGCACAAUGAUCCCACUGAAAAGGAAAAUAAUCCUGAUAUGGCCGAAUAUCUUCCACUGCCAAAACGGACUGGCAGAGCUUCUAUCUGCACCACAGCACAAAGGAUUCCAGCAGCCACAGCUCCACGACGCAACUCUCUAAUCCCUUUACCCACUGUACCAGGUUCAGCCAAGUUCCCACCACCAUUAUUCCCAUUGCCACCAAUUCAAGCAGAUGAGAAAGAAACAGAUGGGGAUGAAGCUAAGUCGUUGACUGAACCGGCAUCUUGGGAUAGUCCCAAAGAACACAAGAGUGGUGGUAAAAAGGUGAGUAGCAUUUUGAGACGAAGCCUUCAAAAGAAAAUUCAAAUGAAGUCCCCAAUGCAGCAGCACAUCAGAAGAGGUGGUGUAAAUGUGGGCAUGGAAAAGGUUAGAGUCUCCAUUGGAAGCCGAGGAAGGAUGGGCCAAAGAGUAUUGCUUGGCAGUGCUAGAAGAGUAACAAAGGAUGUUCAGCAGAAGCGAAACCAUAUGGAAAAAGAGAGAGGGUGGAAUAGCAGAACUGUUUUUUAAAUGCCAACAAAUUUUUUUUUUUUGGUUUGUUUAUAAACUAACAGUGGAGAAAUGCUUCUCUGAUUGAAGGCAAGGAAAAACACGAAACAAAAUGAUUGAUUUUCUUUGGAUGAUGAUGCUAAUCAUCUGUUUGAAUUUCUUGUACUUGUUAAAACCUUGAUGGAUUCAUUUAUUGUAUAUAAGUGAUCAUUUUCAACAGCGGUUUGUUAAUGGCACUGUGAUUGUAGUUAGUGUUGGUGUUUCAUUAAUUAAGUUUAAUGAGAAAUGGUGGUUUAUGG